AUGGGAAAUGUAGUCCCAAAGUUAGCCCUACACCACGGGAAAUAUUGUCCCAAGGUCCAGAAACUGUCCAAGAACGAGGUCCUGAUGGUCAACAUCGGCUCUCUGUCCACCGGCGGCCGCGUGAGCGCGGUGAAGGCCGACCUGGCCAAGAUCGUGCUGACCAACCCGGUGUGCACCGAGGUGGGAGAGAAGAUCGCCCUCAGCCGCAGGGUGGAGAAGCACUGGAGGUGA